GCUUAUCAUCCUACAUCACCCGAAAUUUCGCGGGAAAAUAUGUCAAAUUGCGAGUGGUGCUUCUCACUUUCGAUAUUUGUGACAACAAAUAUUUCGACGUUUUUGUUUUGACGGUGCUUCAAGCGAGCUGCGAAAUAUAUUUUCGCGGAUCAGCGUGGCGCGAAUUUUCUCUCUCCGAGAAACAAAUGUCAAACGGCAAUCGGAUAUGUGAGUAACGUUUAUCCGAAAAUGCAACAAAGGGCUCGUCGAGCAGAUCAAACGGUCGAACGAAUUUGCAUGGAUGCACCGUUUAAUUUCGUCCGUCGGACAUUUUAUUCGGGUAAAAGUUUGCGAGUGCUUUCACCGCUUAUUUCCGUCAACUUGCCCGUGGAAAGUGCGCGCGAGGAGGGUAACGGCGAAGAGCUGGAGAGCGACUAAUGAGUGUCAUUAGCGAUUGCGUGGUCUACCGUCACAAUGGAGAAAAUCAGAAGAUGACAGUUGCUAACUUCGAGCUCAGAUGAACACGGAUAAAACGGGCGACUUCACGCUUUGCCGAGAGAGCAACGACGUGCGCAUCCAAUAUAAAAGUACGCAGCUACGCAAAUCGCUACGUCACUUCGAUCUUAAACGUUCGAGUUAAAGGUUUGAUUUAAUAUUUCGUUGGUACUCCAACUUAAAUUCAAGAUAUCAGUUAGUACGAGGUGCAGCAGAUCUGAGACAUUGCAAGAGAUCGAGGAAGUUCCGUUAUAAUAUCUUGCAAUUUAAAAAUGAUAUUCGCUAUUUAAGCGAUUGCUGAAAUUUAGGAUAUUAUUCCUAUUAAAACCGUCUUGUCAAUUGUACGUCGUGUUAUUAAGAAAAAUGAUAGUUAACACGAGAGUGUUUGUGUUGAUCGUACUGGUAAUCUACGGCGUGAGCGCUCAUACUAUCGAUAGUCGAGAUUCUUACCCUAAGACUAAUGAUAAAAAGUAUGCUGGAUCUAUGUUGGCUGAGAUCGCGAAGGAAUUCAUACAAAGAUCGACGACCAGCAGUCAGGUGCUGAAUUUAAAUCUCUCGAACUUGCUGUUGCUUUUGGUACUUAAAGCGAUUGUGUUUGGCGCCGGAUAUAUAGGAAAUCACGGUUACAAAGGGCGUGAAUUAGAGGAUGAAAAUAUCCUGUCGGAGGGUGAGCUUACGUUGGCACUUGGAUAUCUGAUUGGUGAUACCUGUUUAUACAGAGCAGCUUGCGAAGAGCCACACAUUGCGAGAGAAUAUCUCGGCGCCGCAGAAAUGCUCUUGCAAACUAUGAAAUUGGUGCCGCAGAACUUACCUACUGAGUCCACUCAUGAGAAGAUGAUAACGGAAUUCCGGAAGGCGAUUGAGUACGGCAAUAUCGAGCAAUGUCCGCCGGAGUACAGCUGCAAAAAAGAAAAUAUAAAUAAUUUCUUGCAAAGUGAAAAACGAUAACGCGCGCGCGUAAUCAUCAAUAUUGUAUUUAUCAAACAUUCCGUAAAUAUUUCUUAUUUUCUUAGACUAAGCUAUA